AUGCCAUCUAAACAGCGUAUCAACCGCAAAAAUCGCCGAAGAACAGGCUGCCAUCAGUGCAAAGAUAAGCAUGUUCGGUGCACUGAAGAAAAGCCACGGUGCCAGCGAUGUGACAAGUUAGGUCUUAAGUGUGACCGUGGCCUGAAGUUGAUGUAUCAGGAGGAUGCACUUCGGCGAGGAAUCAGUUUUGGCAGACAAGGGAUAUGGUCUAAGACUCAGCGUGCUGAUCCUAUUUCACUAUCCUUUGAUGUGGGGAGUGGGUUUUUCGCUAUCCCGCUGGAUCAGUACAUCGGGCGGUGGAUCUUCUUGAAUACAACACCUACCGACUUUGCGGGUGAUCGAAGCUUCUCCGAGGAGGAUGAUUGCGUUGAUGUUCAUCGUAGAGAGCUGCUCACAAAUGCGAUGGUGUGUCCUGGUACGCAGCUAACUAUCACGUCAUUGGGCCACCCACUUGCCGCCUAUUCAAAGACAGAAGCCUACCUCCUUGAUUACUUUAUCCAAGGCAUUGGGCCCCACUGCGCUUUGAGCCCAAAUGACAAUCCAUAUAUAUCACUAGUCAUGCCACUAUGUUUUGAAUAUCCGUCGCUCCAAAAUUCUCUGUUGGCGGUAUCUGGAAAUCAACUUCGCCUCAUAGGCGACACUCGCUUCACAAAGGAGACGCUAGUCUACAAAAGCAGGGCAAUAAACGGCCUACAUAAGGCAAUCUCACAGGGCAUUAUUAAUGAUGGAGUGUUCGCGACCGUUCUCAUGCUUUGCUUCCAUGAUAUAUCCGAUGGGUGUGAUUCUUCCUGGAUAAUUCAUCUCCAUGCAGGUCUUGAGCUUAUUAAAUAUACCUCAGACAAUGGCUACGAGAGCUCCUCGUUGCUCAAAUUUUUCAGGAUGUAUUUUGUUGCGCAUGAUAUAAUGAACCGAACAGUUUCCCAGGGUAAAAUCCCUGGUAGAAAAUGCCUUGACUGGGCUGAAAAUGAUGAUUUAGAUGAGUAG